GUUUCCCAGACGUAGCAGCCGCCGCCAGAGCAGGUGUCCCGCCCCCACCCAGAAUCUAAAACCUAACGAGAGAGAGAGUGCUGCUCGACAUGAAGCUGGAAGAGAAAAGCCGCGGCCAGGAUCCGCCCAAGUACCUCAACGAGGACUUCUUCAAGGCCGCCUUGGAGGAUGGUUUAAGGGACAUGCGUGUGGACAUCAAGAAGAUUAUCUUUGCCGAGAGCAGCGGCGGCGGUGGGGAAAACUAUUGCAGUAAGAUCUAUAGGGCCAAGGCUCUGUACAGGAGCAGCAAGCGCCAGUUGGACGAGGAGCUGGCUUUGAUUGUCAAGAGCAUUGCCAUUACGCCGGCCACACAGUUCCUCGAGGAGCUGGCCGUCUAUUUGCGUGAAAAGAUCUUCUAUUUUGAUGUCCUUGGCAAGCUGGAGGUCCUCAUUGGCGAUGGCUCCAAGUUCGGGGCCAAGUGCCUGUACACCACCCGCGAGCCCAUCCAGACGAUUGUCUUUGACGACCUCACCCAGUAUGGCUACAAGCUGGCCAGCCGGCAGAGCGGCCUCAACGAGGAGCACUGCGUGGUGAUACUGAAGAAGCUGGGCAAGUUCCAUGCCAGCUCCAUGCUGCUGGCCGAGAAGGAGCCGAGCGUCCGUGAGCACUUCACCAGCGGCAUGCUGGACGAGAACUACAUAAGGACCAACGAGCGAUUCAUCACCUUCAUGACCCUCCAGUGCCGCACCCUGGCCAAUGUGGUGGCCAAGUGGCCCGGCUACGAGCUGCUGGCAGAGAAGCUGCAUCGCCAUUGCGAUGACAUCAAGGAGAAUCUGGUGAUGACCGGACGACCCCUGCCUGGCGAGAUCACGGUCCUAAAUCAUGGCGAUCUCUGGGUGAAUAACUUUAUGUACAAAUACGAUGAUGAUCAGCCCACCAAGCCCAUAGAUGCCAUCUUUGUGGACUUUCAGAACAGCUUCUUUGGCAGCCCUGGCUGCGACAUCAACUUCUUCCUGAACAGCAGCGUCCAGCUGGACGUGCUCAUCCACCGGCGCGAGUUCCUUAUCCAGACCUACUAUGCCUCGCUCCGCGAGAGUCUGGAGCGGAUGCACUCGACCUUUGUGCCCAGCUAUGCAGAUAUUCAGCAGGAGAUUCGCGCCAGGGAGCUUUAUGGUUUCUUCUCCUCGUAUGCCUUCCUGCCGAUGGUCACCAUGAAGAAGGAGGACUCGUAUGACAUCAGCAUCGAGGCCCUCACGGAUCAGGACUUUGCCAAGAAGAAGGUUCAGCUGAUGUUCUCCUCCAAUCCCCGCACCACGGACACCCUGCGCUAUGCCCUGCGCCGCUUCGAUGAGCUGGGCAUCUUCGAUUGAGGAGGAAUCUUGAGGAGGAAGGGUGUGGGAGGAGUGGGAGUGGGAGAAGUCCUGGCCUCGUCCUGCCAUCGUUGCAUAGUCUUAUUAUCGCUUUCCUUUGCUAUGGCUUUUUUUUUGUUUUUGUUUCUUAAUCGUAUUUAGAUUUAAGGCAAUUUUAUACAUUAAAUAUUAUAUCUACUCGUAAAUAAUAAAAAGAAGCUGCCUAUUUCGGGGUGGCACUUUCACAAAGAA